UUGGCAAUGGCACAGUAUUCCCAUUGUUAUCAAGAUGUAUCGGCUGCUCAUACAAAUCAGUUGCUCUCUGCUGCUGGUGGCUGCGGUCUCAUGGGAGCCAGAGGAAACUUUCACAACGGAUGAUUCCUUUGAGUUUCCCGCUGGCUUUCCUAUGCCCGAGCUCGGCGAGCCGAGUGCUCAGGAAAGAGAUUUGAUGAUGGCGCAGAAAAUCAAUUGGUUGGCCAGUGACGAGCCUCAGAGCAGGCAGGCGAGGGCGGUGGAGGAGCAGGAGGAGCCAGUGACACAGAAGGAGUCAGUGACACAGCAGGAGUCAGUGGAGCAGGAGGAGCCAGUGACGCCCACACAAGUGGACGAGGUCAAGGCAGGCAACGAGUGCCCCAUUGACAACGAACGGGGCCUAACGGCUCUCAUACGCAACGCUCGUCCGUUGCUGCCAGCGGAUCGAUUGCGCAAUAUACUGUCCAAUGCCCGGGAGGAUCCGGAGGUGCGAGCGCUGGUCAAGCUGCUGCGCAGCGAGCAGUUCCGGGAGCGUGUGAUGCGCCUGAAUCAGCUCAAGGAGAAAAUCGACCAAAAGGAUUUCUUGUGCCGCACCCUGAAACUGAACUAUGGCUACUACAUGGAGUAUGUGCGUCUGCUCUUCAAUGCCCAGCUCUCAGAGCCGCCCAGCAGCCCGCUGCCCAAUCGUCGCAAGGGCAUCCGUGGCCUGCUGCUGGAUGUGCGCGAUGCUCUGCCGCGUGCGGCGCUCCGGGAUCUCUACAGACGACAAUUGGCCUCGGACAAGGAGCUGGCCACGGCCGUGCGCCACAUACGCAGCAGAGAGUUCCGCCGUCUUCUCAUCAACUUGCGCGCCCUGCCAGAGUAUCGAGCGUUGCGCGACGAGCUGUCCAAAAUGGGCGUGCCCCUGCAACAAUUGCUCAGCCUGAUGACCAAUGCAUUGGGCUGGUCGAAUCUGGACUUGGGCACUGAGCUAGAUGUGGUGACUCUCUAAACUAUUCGAUUCAUAAUCGAAGCCAC